AUUUUUUAUGACAAAGUUGUUUUAUUUUCGGAGAACAUUUCAUUUGUUAAUAAUCGCGUGUAACUAAAACGGAACUUUGAAAGUGACGUUUACUUCCAAACUUUGGAAAUAGCUAAUUAAAAUAAAUACAGUGUUAUUUUGAAUUGUGAUAUUGUUUGCAACGUAGUUUUAAGAAAUGAGUUUUGAAUAUCUCCGCGACAACUUGCGAAUUUCAAUAGCUCAAAUAUGUCAAACUAUUGGGUAUAAUUCUGCGCAAACCAUAUCUUUAGAACUCCUUCAAGACAUACUGCAUAAGUUUUUAAAUGAAUUUUGUCGAGAUUUAAGACGACAAAUUGAGCACAAUAACCGAACAGAAGCAAAUUUGAAUGAUGUAUAUCUGACAUGUAAAAAUCUAGAUAUUAACAUUGAUGAGUUGAUCACCUACUUAUAUAAUGUGGAACCUGUGCCGUUUGCUGUAGAUUUGCCUAAGUUUCCUUUGCAGAAAAGUAAAUUUUUGUAUUUUUUGGAUCCUAAAAAUAAAGAAGCACAUACUCGCCCGCCACAUAUGUACAAAUAUUUACCACCAAUAUUGUCUGCGGAAGAACAAAAUGUAUCAUACCAAAUUGAUAAAAAUUGGCAUAAAUCAAAUCCUGAACUUGAAAAAAAUUCGGCAAAUAGUGAAGAGAUAUUAAACAAUUUGGUUGAUGUUAAAAAUGCGCAUCUAGAGUCUUGUAAAUUAAAUGAUAUUUUCAAAAUUUCUCCCACCUCCUAUUUAAUUGAUAACGAAGGACGACCAACAAGACAACUUAAUAGUGUAACCAUGACAACUGGCGGGCUUAUAUCGACAGCAGUAGACGGCAGAACUCCUGAUGCAAUUGUUCCAGAUGUCAUAGAAAAAUUAGCAGGUCUAGAUGCUCCGCCACAAUCAACACCUCCAGUUCCGGAUGUGGAAUAUUUUUCUAACAGUAUUGAUAUAUUAAAUGGCGAUGAAACCAAAUCUAAUGUUCUUGAAAAAUUUUCGAAUCCUGUAAACACAGAAAGUGAUUGUACAAACGCAAUUUUAUCUGCGAAGGAUUCAAACUGUAUUUCCAAAAAGAUUAAAACUAACACCAGUGAAACAAAGAAUGAAAAACUUCCAGCACUUGUAAAACCAAAUUCUUCUACCACCAUACCGUCACAUAUUCCCCAAUUUUCAAAUAUAAAUAAUGCAAAAGAUUCUAAAGUAAAUAAAAAAAGGCCUCUAAAUAAACAAGCUGAUAACUUUGACCUCCAAAAUGAGAAAUUGCAAAAGAAACGUCUAAAAAUGCUACAAAAACUCAACACAAAAACUGAAAAGAAUAAAAAAAUGUUUGAAAAUUCUGGUGGAAAUACAAAAUCUAAAGAAGAUAUAAAUACUUCAAUAAUGUCUCUUUUUACACCGGGUUCUAAAGAUUUAAACUUUGAUAAAUUAAAAAAGAAACAAUCAAAGCAAAAACACCUUAAACAACAAAUACGUUUAGAAAUGCAUACAAAAAGCAUAAUGAAUGUUAAUUCAGUUGCAGAUGAUUGUUCGGAAAAUAAUAUUUUUACAAAUAAAGCGUCAUUAGACCUUUUAAACACUAAUAUUAAAAGCGAAACAAGAGAAAAUAAUUUCAAAAAUUUAACAAAUAUAGAAUCUAUUGUCAAUGAAGUACAAACAAAUAUAACGGAUGAUUUUAUUUGUAAUCGUGAAAUUAAAAUGGGUCAGCAAGAUUUGAAGGAACCCGCAGAUCUAACAUUAAUUGAAAAUAGGGAACCAAAUUUUUCAUGUAGCGGAAUUAAACUAUCAACUGAACCUAGCCGUUCUAAAUUGAAUAUAUUUAAAAAGAUUUCAAAACAAAAAAACGUAAAAUAUGUGGCUACUGCUGCAAACAAUUCAACAUUAGCUACAACAAACUGUAAUUUGCAAGAUAGCCCAAUUAUAAGUUUGCCAACGGGCACAACUAUUACGCCAGCCUCACCAAAUAUAUCUGAACUUGAAAGCACGUCUCUAAAUAUAAAUGUUAAUAAUUCACAACUGAAUAUUACAUCUGAUAAUUCUGAUAAUAAAUUAAAUAUAAUAAAUAAACCAAAAAAGCGUGGUCGUAAACCAGGUAGUAAAAAUCAACCGAAACUAAUUUCAGUUGAUGGUUUAAUUGCUCCAAACAAUCAAAAUUUAAAAAUGCUUAAAGGAAUGAAGGGCAUAACUAGUAACAUACCAAACAAUGUUAUGAACCAAGAGCCGCUUAAUUUAACUAAUUGUAAUGGUUUUCCAAUGGGAAUAUCAUUUCAGCAAAAAAUGUUUGGACAAGAACUAUUAGAAUCCCAAAUGAAAAAGCGUAAAUCGCGUAAGAAAAUAAAACCAACCGAAAAUUUUAUGAACUCAGAUAAUGUUGAAAUGUUAUCUAAACAUAACUUUGACUCAACCAUUAAAGAUGAAGUAAAGUCAAUUAACAAAAAAUUAUUACGUAUGGAUACGAUCCUAAAAUGUUCACCAUCAAUUUCACCAUUUUUGCCAAUAAAUUCUACUGACAUGCAGAAAACAAUUACAAAUUCUUUAAUGUCCCCGUUAAAAUCACCAGUUUCAAAAAAAAGGGAUCAAUCACAAACCAAUAAUAUAGCUGCGAAUGCGUUUUCAUCGUCUUUUCCAACUUCAUUUUCUAAUAUGCAUCCGAAUAUGCUUUCAAUGUUACCUUUGUAUGCAUUUCCUCCAAGACCUGGUUUAAUACCAACACCAGGAUUAUUUCCGUCACAAUCUUUAGCUGGUGCCUGCAAUAGCUCUUUAUCUGCGCCUUCAUCUUCAGGAUUUUUACCAGGAUUUAUGCCUUUAACAAAUGUAAGAUCAAAUCAGUAUUCUGCGGUAAAAUCAACAGACGAAGUCAUGUAA